CUUUUCUAGCUGUUCAUACUUAAGGACACGCGUGUACUAGAUGUGUUUAAUAGCGUACGGCGCGCGACUUUUCCCACGCGUGUAUUAGCUGCUUGUUUAUAAAUGUCAUUUUAUAAUGACACUAUUCACUUGGUCAUACUCUCAUCGCUCAGUGUCUGGUAUGUUAGGGGGAUUUUAAAGUCCAUACAGGACAAGGGGGGCUUGUUGCAUGAAGCCGCAAACCGAAAGUAAAAUGUUGCAUUACAAGACCAAGCUACUGAAAGCAAGUUAAAUGAAAGACUUUCUUAUGGAGCUAAACUCUGAUGGUUAACAAGACAACGUAAUGAGUGGGAAAGCCUGGAUGUUCACAUUGUUCACAACAGCUUUACUCAUCACAAGUCAUGUUCAGUCUAAAUGUUAUCCAGGUGAUAUAAAGCAACACUUGGAUGAAGAAUUGUUGGAAGAUCACUGGUUUCAAAUUAAGAAAUUCUCUGACUCAGAGGAGCAUCAACUUCUUACAGUAAUAAACACUCUGUGUUCAACUUGGAUUAAAAACUUGGAAAAAAUAAAUGUUUCCUGUAGUAACUAUUCCAAGUUCCAAGUUGUUAAAACUUUUGAAGGAAUGUUAAAUGCGUCUUUUAAACCAGAAUAUGCUUCAAAAACACUGUGUGAGAAAUACAACUGUACUGAUGGAUAUGAAAUACAAUAUGUGAACAAAUAUGACUUUGGAUCUAUGUAUAAAAAUAUUUGCAACAAAUCAGUAUCAGAUUUCCAUUCAUCAGGUCUAACAUGUCCAUCUAAAAGCACGCCACCUUCAACAUCAGCUACAACCUCCACUGUCUUUACAAGCAUGCCACCUUCAACAUCAGCUACAACCUCCACUGUCUUUACAAGCACGCCACCUUCAACAUCAGCUAACAGUUCAAACUCCACUCUCUCUACAAGCACGCCACCUUCAACAUCAGCUACAACCUCCACUGUCUCUACAAGCACGCCACCUUCAACAUCAGCUAACAGUACAACCUCCACUCUCAACACAAGCACGUCACCUUCAACAUCAGCUAACAAUACAACCUCCAUUGUCUCUACAAGCACGCCACCUUCAAAAUCAGCUACAACCUCCACUUUCUUUACAAGCACGCCAACUUCAACAUCAACUAACAGUAUAGCUUCCACUGUCUCUACAAGCACGUCACCUUCAACAACAGCUAACAGUACAACCUCCACUGUCUCUACAAGCGCCCCACCUUCAACAUCAGCUAACAGUACAGCAUCCACUGUCUCUUCAAGCAUGCCACCUUCAACAACAGCUAACAGUACAACCUCCACUCUCUACACAAGCAUGCCACCUUCAACAUCAGCUAACAGUACAAACUCCACUUUCUCUUCAAGCAUGCCACCUUCAACAUCAGCUAACAGUACAAACUCCACUCUCUCUUCAAAUUUGUCAACCAUGGCAUCAGCAGCCACUGUUACUCCGUUACAUAUGCAUCAGGAUCAGACCGCAACAAUGCCUAUUACCAUCGGGUUCCUUGGUGUCACUUUACUGCUGAGCCUUAUAUUUUAUUUAGUUUGCAAGCAGUAUAAAAAACAGGAAAACCGGGAGACAACGAUGAGGCUGAGUGCUGUGAGUUCUAAUGAAAACCAGGAGACAAUGAUGAGGCUGAAUUCUGUGAUUUCUGAUGAAAACCAGGAGACAACGAUGAGGCUGAAUUCUGUGAUUUCUGAUGAUUCUGUUGUGUAAAUAGGAAUUUCACCAAUUUCUGUUUGGAAACAAUAAAUCUGGGCUGGUCACCCACCGUUUUGCUGCGAGGGUCAUAGCCGGUCACCCCACCUCUGUAUGAAACAGACUUUGACAUUUUCUCCAGGUUCAUCAUUACUCCACUUAUGAUAAUACAUACUGUAUAAUCCUAUGCAUGGCCCGUUGAUAUCUUUAAAAAAGGGAAGUUUACACAAUCAUUAACGUGGAUUCUGCAUACUAACAACAACAGAGAUGUCCAUAAGACUUUCCACUUUCAUUCCGUGUCUGUGUUCAGUGUUGUUCUGUAGCAGUGAUGUUUCUCCUUCAUUUUGUGAAAACACAUCUGUUAUCUUUAAUCAAGUAAUGCAUUGUUCAGUAUAUAUUGUGAUAAGCUUGCAUUUAAAGACAUAGCUUAAAAUAGGAUUGUACCAAUGAGGUGUACCAAAGACUGUGCAUUGCCAAAUGGUUGAGCUGGAGUUCCUUUGAAAGGAAGAGAAAGGGAAAGUGUUUUUCUAACAGAAAAUUAGUUAAAAUAAAGCUAAUUUUGUUCAAAUAAAGCUAAUAUAUACUGCCUUUUCAGCAGUUUUGUGUGUGUAUUUUAUACAUUAUCAUGAUAUAUGUUUAUAUUUUGAUGCAUUUUAUUUUUGUGUAAGGGAACUUAGAACAUAUAUUUGCAAGCAUUCUGGGUAUCUCAGAAUAGUAUAUAUUAUUUGUUUUAUGGGCUUAUAUGUAAAUACUGUGGACAUUGUACGUGAUAUUACACUGUUUUGCUGCAAACUGCACCACAUAAAGAAGUGUGAUUAUGUUUAUCUAUAUAAAAUGGCAUUAAGCAAGUUCUUAAUAAAAAAUAAAAUGACUUUUUAAUUUCA